AUGGAGGAGUCUUUCAACGAGAUUGUCCUAAUUUUGCCCACAGAAGCCUCCUUCAAGCUAAAUCCUGAAGAGCACACUUCAAAGAGCUUUGACAAACAUAUGCAUUCAGAACAUCUGGUAAAAUGCCUGCUGCACGGUCCUGACGACUCAACACGUGAGAAGAAACUUCGCACAUAUACCGCCUCUGCAGCCACACACAGACGUCUGCCCGGCGCUGAACGGUCCCAGCCACACACUCAACGACUGAGUCAGAACACGCACCGCCAAGGCCGCUCCCACACUCACCUGCCGUCGGAGAGACGACCACGCGCGGACAACAAGCGCAACACACAACUUCACGCAGCAGCCGGUGGACACAGCGCACCCCGUCCCAUCCCAGACGGUCUCUUUCUCUCACACACAGACACACGCACGGACCCGCCCACCAGAAACAUCGCGAGAUCUCGCCUUGCGGGUCCGCGUGGGAGCGAGGUCCACGACCAGGCAGGUCUCGGGCUUGAGCAGAACCGGAACAUCUCACCCCCACGUAGGUCAGCGGCUUUCCUGGCUCUGGACUACAUCUCCCAUCGGCCCCCGCAGCGCGCCCUGCUGGCGCCCCCUACCUGCAGUCGAGCUCAUAGCCCGGCUCUGCCAUCUCCGGACUCUGCCCUUCCCCAGGAGAGAAACCGGGAGCAGGACUCAUCAACCCAUGAAAUUCUGAAAGUCAUGUCCCUCGUGAGUUUUAAAAUCAUAGCUUUGGCUUGCAGUAAAAAGGAAAACUCGAGACUGUAUGAACAUCUCUUUUACCUGUGCCCAUCUUUUCCUGUCACCUGUUCACAUCGGAGGCCUCCAGCCACCGCCUUUUCACCAGAACAGCCCAUUCCUGCGGAGCCCGCCUCCCUCUCUCAUCCCACUGAAAAACCUUGCCUUGAAUUCUGCACAUCACAGACCUGCCUGUCCUUCCAGGGGUCAGCCUUGUUCCGGGACGUGGCCGUAGUCUUCACCCGUGAAGAAUGGGAGCAGCUGGCGCCUGCGCAGAGGGAUCUGUACAGAGAUGUGAUGUUGGAAACGUAUGGCAACCUGGUCUCACUGGGCCUCGCCGUUUCCAAACCUGAGGUGAUCGCCUUCCUGGAGCAAGGCAGAGAGCCCUGGAUGGUGGAGGAAGUGGUGACGGGAAGCCUGUGCCCAGUAUUGGAAUCCAGGUAUGAUACUAAGGUAUUAUCUCCAAAGCAGCACAGUUAUGAAGUACAGUCACCACGGUGGGAGAUAAUGGAAAGUCUUGCAAGUUAUGGUCUUGAGUGCUCAAGUUUCCAAGGUAACUGGGAAUGUCGAAGUCAAUUUGACAGGCAAGAGGGAAAUCCAGAUGGACAUUUAAGUCAAAUGAUAAUCAAUAAUGAGGAAAUGUCCACUUUCAACCAGCAAGCAUCCCUCACUUUUUAUCAGAAAAUUCAUCCCAGAGAAAAGCCCUAUGGAUAUAAUGAAUGUAGAAAAGACUUCUGGCAAGAGGACUUCCUUAUUAAUCAUCAAGGGAUUCAUAUUAAUGAGAAACCCUAUAAAUGUAAAGAAUGUGGGAAGGCCUUCAAAUAUGGCUCACGACUAAUUCAACAUGAAAAUAUUCAUUCUGGCAAGAAACCAUAUGAAUGUAAAGAAUGUGGAAAGGCCUUCAAUUCUGGUUCAAAUUUCAUACAACAUCAGCGAGUUCAUACUGGUGAGAAACCUUAUGAAUGUAAGGACUGUGCAAAGGCCUUUAGUCGAAGCUCACAGCUGAUUGAACAUCAACGAAUUCACACUGGUGAGAAACCCUAUCAGUGUAAGGAAUGUGGCAAGGCCUUUAAUAGGAUCUCACAUCUUAAAGUACAUUAUAGAAUUCAUACUGGUGAAAAACCCUAUGCAUGCAAGGACUGUGGGAAAACCUUUAGUCAUCGUUCUCAGUUGAUUCAACAUCAGACCAUUCACACUGGCAAGAAACUCUACGAAUGUAAAGAAUGUGGAAAGGCCUUUAAUCAAGGUUCAACUCUUAUUCGACAUCAGAGAAUUCAUACUGGUGAGAAGCCCUAUGAAUGUAAGGCAUGUGGGAAGGCCUUUAGGGUCAGCUCACAACUUAAGCAACAUCAGAGGAUUCACACUGGAGAGAAACCCUACCAAUGUAAAAUAUGUGGUAGAGCUUUCAAACGGGUCUCACAUCUUACUGUACAUUAUAGAAUUCAUACAGGUGAGAAACCAUAUGAAUGUAAGGAAUGUGGGAAAGCCUUCGGUCAUUGCUCACAACUGAUUCAACAUCAGGUAAUUCAUGCUGAGGAAAAACCCUAUGAACAUAAGGAAUGUGGGAGGACUUUAAAUCACGAUUCACCUACUAUUCAACAUCAGAGAAUGCAUAAUAGAGAAACACAAGUGAACUUAAUAAAUGUAGAAAAGCCUUCCAUCAACACUUAUCCCCUAUUAAUCAUCAGAGAAUUUAUGUUAGCAAGCAACCAUAUGAAUGGAAAUAAUGGAAAGAGUCCAUUAGCUUAGGCUAAUCACAACUUACUCUAUAUCUUGGGGAAAGACUUAAAUAAUGUAAUGCAAGUGAGAAUUCCUUUGUUCAGAGCUAUCCUUUAUCCUAAUAAAAUUCAUACUGAAGAAAAA